AUGGCCGUUCCCGGCGGCACCACCGUGCUGGUGGAGCUCACCCCCGACAUCCACAUCUGUGGCAUCUGCAAGCAGCAGUUCAAUAACCUCGAUGCCUUCGUUGGGCACAAGCAAAGCGGUUGCCAGCUCACUAGUGCAGCGGCCGGGGCCACCAGUACGGUCCAGUUUGUGUCGGAAGAAACGGUGCCAUCGACACAAGCACAAACCACAACCCGGACCCUCGCUUCGGAGACCCAAACCAUUACAGUUUCUGCACCAGAGUUUGUUUUUGAGCAUGGCUAUCAAACGUACCUGCCCAGUGAGAGCAGUGAGCCUCCAACUGCUGCUAUCGUCUCUACACCACCAAAAGCACGUUCAAGAAAAUCCAAUUCCUCGCUUACACAGAAGAAACUAAACUGCUGCUAUCCAGGUUGCCAGUUCAAGACUUCCUAUGGUAUGAAGGAUAUGGAACGUCAUCUACGAACACACACAGGAGACAAGCCCCAUAAAUGUGAAGUUUGUAACAAGUGUUUCAGUCGUAAAGAUAAGCUGAAGAUGCAUAUGCGUUCUCAUACGGGGGUGAAGCCUUACAAAUGUAAGCACUGUGACUAUGCAGCUGCUGACAGCAGCAGUCUCAACAAGCACCAGCGCAUUCACUCCAACGAGCGUCCUUUUAAAUGCCAGAUCUGUCCUUAUGCAAGCCGCAACUCUAGCCAGCUAACUGUACAUCUCAGAUCCCACACAGGAGAUGCUCCUUUCCAAUGUCAGAUGUGUCCUGCUAAAUUUAAAAUCAACUCGGACUUGAAGAGGCAUAUGCGUGUGCAUUCUGGUGAGAAACCUUACAAAUGUGAGUUCUGUGAGGUCCGGUGUGCCAUGAAGGGAAACUUGAAAUCACACAUUCGUAUCAAGCAUAGCAUGGAAAAUACUCUCAAGUGUCCAGAGUGUGAAUUUCAGUGUGGAAACAAAACAAGCCUUCGGCACCACAUAAGAACUCAUCAGCCCGAACAACCAGUGAAGUGCUCAGAAUGCAACUACUCUUGCUCCAACAAGGCAGCUCUGAAAGUGCAUGAGCGAAUUCACUGCAAGGAUCGUCCUUUCAAAUGUGAAUUCUGCAGUUUUGAUACCAAGCAGCGGAGCAACCUGACAACUCAUGUGAGGAAAGCUCAUGGUGACAAAGUCAAGACCAAGAAGCAAACAGUGGAGAAGGAGGGAGAUAGGCCAAAGCAAGGUGGCUCCAGGCAAGUUGCCAAAUUGGAUGCCAAGAAAGCGUUUAAGUGUGACCUGUGUGAUGCUUCUUUUGUCCGAGAAGAUUCUCUUAGAAGUCAUAAGAAGCAGCACAGUAUGUAUAAUGGCUCGAAAAAUAACGAACUGGCUGUUCUACAGCUCCAGAUGGAUCCCAGUCGUCAGGCCAGUGCUGCAAUUACUGUUAGUCACCUCCAGGUCCCACUUCAGGCUGCUCAGGUUUCUCCAUACAAUGAGGGAAGGGUGAAGAUUAUUGUGGGUCACCAGGUCCCUCAGACCAACAGUAUCGUUCAGGCUGCAUCAGUGAAUGUCGUGCCCUCAACAUUAGUUAGCCAGAAUCAGGAAGACCUCUCAACCAACAACCGCUUGCAGCUGCUGGGCCAAGUCAGUUUGUUGGCACCACCUCCGCCUCCCAUAUCUCAAAGCGAAGCAGGGCCUGUGGCACAACCAGCAGUUCUUCUCACGACCCAUGACCAAAGUGAUGGAAGUGCUACAUCAGAAACUGAUUUACAUCAGACUCUGAUUCUUGCUGCUUCUGUCAGCGGUCAUGAGGCUUCAGCAAACCAAGCUUUCAUCACCAGCUCUGGAAUCAGCUGCUCUGACUUAGAAGGCCUUAAUGCUUUGAUACAAGAAGGAGCAACAGAAGUGACUGUGGUUAGUGAUGGAGGUCAGAGUAUAACAGUGUCCACUUCAGCUCCCCCUCCUCCUAUUUUUUCUUCAUCCUCUCACACAGAAGCCCCUAAGCAGACCUAUUCUAUCAUUCAGAGCGGAGCCCAUACAGCUUUGCUGUGUCCAGCAGACUCCAUACCAGAUUAGUCACAAAGUACUAUCGCUAAACAAAUUUCAAUCUCAGAGGCAGUGCUGAAUUCAGCAGAAAUGCAUAGGACAUAAGUGAAUGCAGGAUUUGUCCUACAAAGCCAAAUACCUUCCAGUUAGACAUUUUACUUGUCUGUACAUGGAAACAUACAUCUUGUAUGUGAAAAAGAGGUUGUGUAUAUUUAUGUGCCUCUAUUGAAAUCAGAGGCUGCGUUCUUUGUAAAAUCCAAGCAUCCAAGCAACUGUUGACAAUUUCACUGAGCAGUAAGCUUCCCACAAUAUGAUUCUUGUAUUGUGCUGGAUGAAAUAAGAAAGCCUCACCUAAUGAUGAAUUACCUUCACAGCAGACUUGUUCUUUCAUGCCCACACAAAAAGGUAAUAGUCCAAGCCAUUCUGAAGUAUAUUUUUAAGUGAAGUCUGUUUCAGUUACAUGCUAUGUAGGCAUUAACUGCACCUGGCUGAUUGUUGAUCUGUAAGAAAUAUCUACUACUGGGUCUAAUGCAGCUCUAGUAAAGUUUAAGGGGGCUGUUCCUUAGUGUCUGUAGAAGUUGCUAGCGCCUGGCACUUAAUCUGGAAAUGAUUACGCAGAAGACCAGGUGAUCUUUUUUAGAAAAUGAAAGAAUUUCAUCCGUCCAUCAGUAAUACCUAGCUCUGUUAGCAAGAACACUAUUACAAAUUAUAUCUAUGGCACAGUGAUUUCUGUCAGAGGCACCUGUGUUUUAAAGAACAAAACAACUGCAAAUAUAUUUUUUACAAACACUACUUAAUUUUGAUUUUAUUUUUAAUGCUGCCUGUUUGUAGUUGCAUGGGUGGUAAAAGUGCAUUACGUUUUGGCUCUGUUCAAGUUAAAGGGGGGAAAGGAAAAGAUUGAAUUCAUUCCAUUUAAAAUAAAAAACUAACAGGUUCCAAUCCAAGGUGUGAAACUCUAACAAAAAUUCAGAUUGGAUCACAAUGAGAUGGUAAUUUACCAUUAUAUGAUGCAUGUUUCUGUAAUGAAUUAAUUCUAGGCUGUGCUUUGAACUAUGUGUUACUAUAGUCCUAUCCGGUGAGCAUUCUGGUAGUGUUAGCUAAUAAUAUCUUCACUACCAAACUACCUAGUUAAAGAACAGACUCUCAGCUUGGGAAAAUAGUUCUGUAGGUGCCUGGAUCUGCAAAAACUCAGAGAUCAUUUCACAGCCAGACAGCAUCCCAAGGACAACUGUUAACAUCCAUGAAGACUGAAAAGAGACUGUUACCAAAACCAGCUCUGAGAUUCCGUCUUGGGGAAUCAAAGUCAAGUUAAAUUUCACAGUAUUUGCUAGUGGGAGACACUGAAUGAUUGCUUUAUGUCCUAGAAACAUACUUGGAAAACUUCUAAAGAUAACAUAAUUAGGGCCACUUUCUGAAUAGGCCUCGUUUGAAAUUUUUUUAGCUUGCACAGCCUUCACCUUGUGUAUGUGGGACUGCUUCCCGAAACUCCUUCCCUCUGCAUGGUGUGUACUCUAUGUACAGUGUAAGGCUUCCUGCUUUACAGUGAUGAGUAGGAAAAUGCCAUCAUAACUCACAAGUACAGUCGUACAGGUUGUUCUUGAAAAUGUGACCUUUUCUUUUUUGUUUAAAUAAGGGUUGUUUAAACUCGAAUGCUCCAGUAUCUCUGUCUUCAUUAUUUAUGGGAAAUAGUAUUUUUGGAGAUCCAUAUAUCUUCUGCCUUCCUAAUCCUUGAUUCUAAAUUAGUGUUCUUUUAAAACAAAAAACCCUUCCAAAUAACCUUGGUUUUAAAAUCGGGGUUUUGAUUUGAACAGUCUGACAGUGUGCCUGACACUUGUGGAUAUCAGAGAAGACCACACUCCAGUUAGAGGGAGAAACUUCAUAAAUGCUUAAUUAAAAAGGCUUUAUUAAAGACUUAUUUCCUAGCCUCAUGCUGCAUGAAGCAAAAGUUCUAAGUUCACUUGACAGGUGUAUUUCAGCGUUUAUUAUUUCCUACACUUGUUCUUCAACUUUUCUGGUGAUACAGGUUUGUCACCUGUUAAUUAUCUCUCUUCCCUACAGAUAGGUAAUUUAAGGAGCUGACAAGACCCAAUUCCAAAUCACCGAGCACACCUAUUUUUAUAUAAAUUAGAAGUAGGCGGGAGGCUUUUACUACAUUAGAUCACUGCAGAACAUUCAUUGAGAACAAUAAGUUGAAAGCCUAGAUACUUUGAAUUUCAACGCUGGCCUUCCUGUUUUGUGGCUCUCCAGUCGUGUUUCAUUGUUGUGCCUAUAGCAGAGACCUGAUGGUUACAUUUCCACUGAUUUGAAACUACUUGCAAAGCACUUGGAAGAUAAAAGGCAUCACAGGUAAGUGCUUGAUCUUAUUAUAUGUGGUCCCUGGUAUCAAGUUGUAAGUGAUCACUGGAGCAGCACAGAUCAAACACUUUGUUAUCUUUGAAUUUAAACAUAUGGCAUAGUAGCAAUUCUUCACUAUUAAUCCAUCUCCAAACAUAUGUGUAUGUAUGUACCUGAUCUAAACCAUCAGGCCGUGUACAGUGUUUCUGUGUGCUGGGCCAAUAGUUACUGUAAACAUCAGUGAAAGACGGGGCACUUUCAGCCCUGUAAGAGUACAGAUUUUUCACCCAGCUUACAGUGGUUCUAGACCAUGGGCAGCGCUGGUGUUGCAGUGGGGGAGAGGCUUCCCCAGGAGCAUGUGUGAUGGACAACGGAGCCACAGGAGAGUGAGCUUGGGGAAGUUCAAUGCAGUUGAGGUUCAAGUCUAUUCGACCUGCAGAGGAAGGGGGGCUCCUUGGGUCAUCUCAGUGGUCCAGUUCACAGCACUGCUCCACAAACGGUUACACUAGCACAGCAGAGAGUAAACUACAACCAAGAUCACACCAGAGAUGGGUCGGGCGAGAGAUUUCUUCCAACUCCUUUUUGUGCCAAAUGGUAAUACUGAGCGGCACAAACGGUGGUAGCAAAUUAUACUCUCAGCUUUCAAAAACCUAUGCUAGGACUGUGGGUGGGAUUGACUAGUCCAUUGGUGACUUAGGUUUUAUUACGAGUUACUAUGUGUUUUCCCUUCAUUGUAAGACAAAAGAAUCUAAAUUGAUCAGCCCUGACGUACUUGGUUUUGUCACGGGUAAGUCUGCUUCUGUAUCUGCUUGCUCAGGCGCCAUCUUCCCAAUGUUUCCUGCUGGUUGAGUUUAUGAAGGCUGGCGAUCUCAAGGAUAAUUAUGUUCUAAUUUCUACGAGCCACAUGGGUAGAGAGUUUAAGAAUCCCAGCUGAGGCGCUUGCCUGUCAGAGGCCCUGGUGAUGGGGCUCCCGCUGGACAAGAAAAUUCUGCCUGGGACAUGGGGUUGGAGCUGGUGGACCUGUGCUGCUCUGGGUUUAGAGCUGGUGGCUGUACAUUACCCCAAAGGGGGUGGUAGUCUUGUUUUUAAGGUAAAAGUUUGAGUGUAGUUGGACUAACUGCUGAUACCGGUGGGUAAGGUUGGCCGGCUUUCGGGUGUAGAAAAUUGUACCAAGCCUGCAAGUUUGUAAGUGCAAAUGUAGUACACUUUGGCACCUAGAAAGUAACAUUUUUCAUAUAUUGGUAUAAAUGAACUCUGCAUGCAGGGUUUCAUGAGCGUGAAGUAUUUUGUGUCAUCUAUAGGUGGUGCUAGAGAUCCAGAUAAACUUCAAAGCAUGGCCUGGGCUGCUUGAUGAUGUUUCAUCUUAAACAGUUCCCUGCUUUUAACUUUUUGCCCGAUAAGCACAUUUCAAAAUCCACUUCUAUAAGAAGUUACAAUAUCUUAGCUGUAGAAAUCUUACUUUCAUUUAAGAGAAAAAGCAACAAAUUAAAAAAAAAAAAAAAGUCCAAAGUUUUCUACUGUUAAGAUCCCAGGAAGCAGAUUUACAGCCAGAACUUGAUCUCACAAUUUAUGUUAAACCACUCAUUUUUUACUCCCUGUUAAUUAAUUUUAAUCUGUACAUGGUUUGCAGCUGCAGAUCUGUCGUGCACUACAAGAACAGUACAAAAUGAGAGAUUUUGACAAAGCUGAUGGGUUGAAUUGCAAUUUAUCUGUGUUUGCACUUGGCCAACAGAGCUGCACCCAGGGGACGCAUCACCACGUCCAGGAAUCUCAUGCUCAAUCUAAUGUCAUACUUAGCGUUACACAGCUCUGUUAUCUGCCUUGCAGUUUCACAAAAAGCCUUGUUUGCCUUCUAAAAUAGGAAACCGGUAGAUUUGUCAUAUUGUAAAGAGUAACCUUCGUUCUGGUCCUGUGUGUGCCUCGAAGAUCAACAGGAAAGAUAACAAAAUGGUGUGAAUGAAUAGACAAAGCUCAGUGCUGCUUCUUCAACAUUGUUUAGCUGAUUGCAUUAUGUUUACAUGAACAAUCUGGAGACUUCUUUCCUCCACCCUAAAAGGAAAAAAAAAAAGGCAGCUGAUAACCAAGGCUAACACAGGUCGAUAUUUUUUGUCAGUAUUCUGUUCCAAUAUUCUGGCUUUAUUUCUGUGUAUGACAGUAAUGGUCUUUCUGGUUUGGAGCUGGCAGAAGCAGAUUGUUUUAAUCUCUGAUACUCGUUUAAUACAUUCUUCAUGUUAUCAACAGAACUAUCCCUUGAGAGAGCAUGGUAAUUCAUAACAAGUGUCUCUUGUAGAGCUCGCUUGCUUUCAAGCACAUGGUAAAUAAAUCGUGUGCCUUCCUAGAGUUCUGCCAUAGCUUCAGAGCUCUGUAGCAAGUUGUCUCUUUCCAGGUGAAAAUAAUUGGAUUUUGUUCUUGCCUGGUGAUCUCCAAGCCCUCCCUGGUAAGCACGGAGCCCCACAGUGCCCAGGCAGCACGGAGCGAGCAAACCCGGCUGCCCGGGCUGCUGCUGGCAAGCGCUUCUCACUUCUGCUCACUUGUCACAAAAUGGAUGAUGUUUACACUGCAUUGCACGGAACUGGCUCCAAGAGGAAAAUGGAAAACUAAAUAUUCCACGGUUAGCUUCCUUCGACACAUUCGUGGCAGGUUUUGCUCUCCGCACGGGCAUGUAGUUUUUACACAAUUCGCUUGUGGCGUCCCGGUUGCGAGUUGCAGUGUGUUACAGCCCUCGCUCCUCUGCGAGUGUGGAGCGCUGCGACUGCUUAAAGGCACGAGGUUAAAGAGAGCGGGAGCGUUAGCCAGCGCGCUGAGCAAGCAGUGGUGCAUAGCCUGCAUGCAUUUCAAAUAAAGCCACCCCCUGCUCUUGCAUCCUUCCCAACCUUUUUUGAUUUUGUUUUGUGGCUCCAUGCCACUGCUUUUUAAAAGCAGACCCAAGUAUCACAUGAGCAGAGGCUUAUCCUCAGCAAGACCUACUAAAACGUGCUUUUCUCUCUGGUUUUGUGUGGCAGAAACAUACAGCAGGAAAAAAAAAAAGAAAAAAAAAAUCCAAAGUCCAAAGAAAAAUUUGUCUUCAACACCUUUAGCUGUGUUUUGGUGUGGCUGUUACCUGCCCCAGAAAGAUGCAAUGUCGCCUUUGAACAAGAAACCAGCAGCGCUCUGGGUUAAGCCCCCCGUCAGGGUCGGUGGUAUCUCCUAUGCGGUUUUGAUAAACACUUUAACUGCCAUUUGCAUCAAAAUGGCGGAUUCCUGCUCAAAACCAGCAUCAAUUUGUCCGGUGCACAGGGGGGGUUACUGGAUAUGCAGAUGCACCAGAAAGCACCCCUGGGUGAGUGAAUGGGAUCCCGGCCUCACGUGAGAGGAGGCCAAAAAGCAAGCAGACCUCGGCCCAAAGUUAGGUUCUUUGGGAUCAGGGCGGGGGGGGAACCAAACUUCUAUUGAAUACAUAUGGGGUUUGCAAUUAAAAAACUAUAAUCAAAAUAUUUCCCAAUCAUUUUGGCACAGCUAUUUAAUGCUGUUAUGAUCUGACUGCACUGGAAAGUACCUUCUGUUGUGGGGGUUUAAUUUCUUCUUUAAAAAUGUUAGAAGCAUGCCAAGACGUUUUUCUCUAGAUUACAAAUAACUAGGGAAAGGCUUCUUUUUUAGAUACAUUUCUUUUAUUCUGUAUUUCUGAUUAUUCACUUAUGUAUUUGUCUUUACAGUCAAAACACAGUCGGUCAUCCUUUUUGCAAUGCAAUGCUCUGGUGUCUGUAAAAAUAUUUGCUAUGUCCUCAGUGGAAAGGCUUCUAUCCUAUAAUUUCAGGAAUAUUGACUGGAUACUCUAAUGGCCUUUUACAGCUCUAGUUGGAAAAUCUUUAGCCUUGUUAUUUAAAUUUUAGGAAGAGAAACCAAUAUUGUUAAGAGAAACUGAUGUCUCCUGUCACUUAUCCCAAUGACCUUUCAUAAGGUGAUAAAGGUUUCUAUAGUGACCUGAGGAAAUAAUGUCUCAGGUAUCAUUGUGAAUUAAAAGUCUGUGGCAGGAACAGCUUUCUUUUCUCUCGCAGGUAUCCAGUUCUGCCUUUGCCUUUAUUCCAGUUGCUAGACAUGAAGAAGGACUCAUAAAACGUACAGUAUUUGGUUACAUGGCUGUCUUUCAUCUUUUGGAGACUUCACCAUAUUGUAGGGAAGUAAAGAAGUCCAUGAGAAAGCAAAGUUGGGGGGUUGUUAAUGCUAUAUACCAUUAGAGUCACAAAUACCAUGUAUGCAUGGGGUCUGGUGCUGUAAUGCCGCUGCAUUCUGUGCCCUGUGGUGUCGGAUAAUUUAGUGCACAAGCUUCAGGAGCUGGGCUUGCCUCUGUAAGAAGCAGGAAUUAUGCAUUAAUAUAGAUUCAAAUUUGGCAGAGGUGCUGUGGGGAUUGCUGGAAGUUCCUAGUUUCAGACCUCAUGUAAACUUGCUUUUAACGUCUGAAAGCAAAAGGUCAGUGAUAAGAGUGGGUGAAUUUUGUAGGUAAAAGUUGAACAUUAUCUGGGAAAUAAUUAUCUGAGGACCUGUAAACGUUGGGGGGGGUGUGUUUGUUGUUUUGGGGUUUUUUGGUUUUAUUUUUUUUAAGGAUCUAAGGAUGCAUUUAUGCUGCCUUGUGCUCCUGGGUGAAACACGUUAUGCCAUGAACAUCUUUCAAUUUCUCAAACCUGAUAUGAGAGACACCUAAAACAAAACUUGGAGAGCCCCCCAACGUUUUCAGCUUGAGUUUCCCAUUCAUAUCAUUCAAAAUGAAGGAGAGCUGUUAAAAUCUUUGUGCUCUCUGUAUAGGCAGCAUUUGGAAAGAAAGGCUGGCCCUACAUGGCAGACUUAGGCUGCGUAUCCCUGUUGGUCAGGGCUGUUCAGACAAUUUUCUAUAAUUUUUCUUUUGAUCACAAAAUGGAAGCUUAUGGAGACUGAGAACCCCUGGGCCAGGUGGGGCAGAGCAAGGCUGGCAAUGCUGGUCGGCCGUGUUCCCCGUGGGUCUCCCAGCCCUGAGCCAUCACCCCAUUCUGCCUGGUGGUUGUAUUUGCACUGUUUAAAAUGUCACUCUCUGAAUUAAUGUAUCCAUCCCCCCCCUUUUCUUAACACAGAUCACAACUUCAUACUUCCGAUGUGUGUCUCCACUGGCUGUUACUGGCCAUAUGCAGUUAUUAUUUUAGCAAUAUGUAUUUUUCUGGACUAGUGCUGCUGAAUUCCCCAUCUGGAGAAGGUGACGUGCACCUCAGAAGUAUAUUGUGAGGAUGAGAAUAACUUGGAUACCUCAGUGAUGAGCGAGAUGCAAAUACCUAGAUAGAUGCUGGAGAUAGUCCCAUCUCAUGAUGGCCUAAAGGAAAAUUUGAAAGAACAGGAAUGCAUAAAGCUAAACUGCAUAAUGCAUAGCAGUCAUAAUUAAUAGAUUAAAGUUCUUUGUGAAACAAGCUUUUU